GAAGGUGUGUUUUUUUAUUUUAAAAUGUUGUCUUCUACGUGGAACUUUAUCAAGCGUCAUAAAAGGAAAUUUAUUAUCGCCGGAGCUUUUGCUGGAGGUGUGUACCUACUUGGGAAAUACGCCCAAAGAAAACUCCAGGAGAUGCAGGAGCGGGAGACGGCGGAGUACAUCGCUCAGGCUCGGAGGCAGUUCCAUUUCGAGAGUAACCAGAGAACGUGUAACAUGACGGUGUUGUCCUUGCUCCCUACCCUGAGAGAGGCGAUCAUACACCACCUGAACUCUGAGAGUCUCACGGAACUGCUGAAGUCCAGGCCAGCUAACAAAAUUGAGAUUUGGGAGGAUCUUAAAACAAUCAGUUUCACUCGAAGCAUUGUAGCUGUUUAUAGUACUUGCAUGCUGGUGGUGUUACUACGUGUUCAGCUCAACAUCAUCGGUGGCUACUUGUAUCUGGACAACUCUGUAACUAAAAACGGAACGAUGCCUUUGGCUCCUCCUGAAGUCCAACAGAAGUAUCUGUCAAGUAUCCAACACCUUCUGGGAGACGGGCUGGUUGAGCUGGUCACCGUGGUGAAGAAAGCAGUGCAGGAAAUCCUAGGACCGAUCUCUUUGAAGCAGAGUCUAUCUCUGCAGGAACUUGAGCAGCACAUAAUUCAAAUCAGACAGCUAGUGGAGGAAAACUCGGUCUCGUCCAAGUUCAGAACGCUGACCUGCUACAUGAUGGCUGAUGAGGAGGACCCGUUAGCUGAUCAGGCUUGUGGUCUGACGGAGAAUGAUGUCACAACAAUAAAGCUACUAAACGAAACCAGGGACAUGCUUGAGAACCCAGAUUUCAGUACCAUACUCGGUGCUUGCCUGAACCGGGGCUUCAGCCGUUUUCUUGACAACAUGGCAGAGUUUUUUUGCCCCCCUCAAGGAGACUCCACCCCCAGCAGCACAUCUGAUAGUCUCUUACAUGUAAGUCUCCCACUCGCCAAAAUAAUUCCUAUCGCCAAUGGACAGAUUCACUCCAUAUGCAGUGAAGUCCCCAGUCAGUUUGUCCAGGAUCUUUUAAUGACGGAACAAGUGAAAGAAUUUGCAGCCAAUGUUUAUGAAGCUUUCAGCAACCCUCAUGAACUGCAGAAGUAAACACUGUUUAAUGUGAGGGCAAAUUCCUGAAGCUGCAAAGAGCAAUACAGCACAAUGUUUCCUUAUUCCCUUAUCUUAAAGACGGGGAACGUACACUUGGUGGAAAGCUGUGUCAUAAAUGGCUUGCAGUUUC